AUGCAUCGAUUGGUUAAAAGAUAUUUAUUCAAAUUAGAAAGAGCGAAAGAUGAAAAAGAAAACGUGAAAGACGUAGCAAAUAUCCGAGCAGAAGAAAUAGAAUUAUUUGAAACACCUCCGGAUGGGCCUCCACCCGUACCGGAAACGCCAUCUAGAAUACCAUACGCGACGCCGCCUAUACCGGAAGAUGAAGAUGUAGAAGCUAAAUUAUCUGCCAAAAAUGCGUCUCACCUACGCAAAAAAGGAGCAUCCAGGUGUCUAAACCGGCGAUCAUCAGUGUGUAAUUCUGGCCCAAUCGCCACGACACUAGCCAUUCCGCAGUUGGAUGCCAUCCAACGACAACAGAAGCUUCUUGACGUCAGAUUACAACAUCUGCAAUCCAACACCCGCGAAAAUAACAAAAUGAUGGACGAUGUCGAGUUUAUUAGGCGCCUCAUGACGGAGAAUCAGAAGGCCCUGUUCAACGUCAUACAGGCGCUGGCCAACAUCCAAACUGAGAUCGUAAAUUUAGCACAGUGUCUGCGCCCACCAUCACCUAAACCUCAGCUGAAACAGGGCAGUACUCACUCGAGGGGUGGCCAGUCCAACUCUACAAACACUUCGUCUAAUUCAGCACAACCGAGACGACAAUCCAAAGAAGAGGAAAGCAAAGUAUGA